GUACAGCCCAUAAAUUUCCAAGGCUCCCAAACGAGAGAUCGAGAGCUAUAGAGCCAGCAGAAGUUCUUGUGUGGUUUACGGGGUGGUUUAUUAUUUAGUAAAUUAUCAAUGAGGGAUGUUAAAUUCGAUUGGAUAUAACCUGAGACAGACGAAGGAAUCAUGUAGGUCACUCUCUAUUAGAUACCAAAUUCCUAGUGCCUUCCUUGCUGGAAUACAUUAGGAAUUGAAACUAAAAUUUUGCUGUUGAUCCCUUUAUUUUUGAAACAUAAGUUUCUGUCCGAUGGACUCCCGAUUGCUGGUCAAAAUAUCUACCUUCAACGAUGUAUACAUGUAUUGUAGCUAAUAAAAUAAUCAGAAAGAUGACCUUUCAAUCGAAUCGCAUGUGGAAAAUGACAAGAUUUUCCUCUCGAAAUGUAGUUUUGUUAUAUGAUUUUCAAUAAUUGAGAUCUUAGCAAUUUCAGGUUUCUAUAUUACGAUUUAGUUGGAAGAGAAAUUCCGAGAAACACCCAAAACGGUGGUUGAUAUGAGCAGGUAGGCAACAGUCACAUCAACAAAGUUCCUUAUAUAAAACCUAUAGUCUCAAGAAGACGGGCAAUCUCAUAGCUGUGUUACUCGUAAUCGGUGUUUUGCGUGGAGUUGGAUAUAAUAUCAUUUCUCGGUUGUUUACGUGAUUAGAUCCCAAAAACUCAUUUAGGAAACAAGGAUGAUGUCACUUUUUUUUGUUAUGGUGAUCUGGCUGAUGGCGAUGAAUUCUUCUCGGAUGACUGUCGAGUCUUCGUCAAUUUAUGGCGACAAGAACGUUGGCAAAUUGAACCGCGCUCAUUUGAAAUUCGCAGUUAGUCAUUUGCCACCAUUUGACAUUCUUACCUUAAAAGCUGACGGAAAUUACACCAAUAGCGGCAUCAGUCCAAUUCUUUUCAACUGGUUAACCGAAAAACUCAAUUUCACGAUUUCUUUUUAUUAUAUUCCCGACGAAAUGACUAAAGCUAAAUAUGGUACCAAGAGUGAUUUGGCAAUUGUUCUCGAUCUCUUUACUGAUCAUAUAGUUGACGGGUCAACUAUGGGAGUGAUCAGAACACCAGAGAGGAAAAAAUUCGCGGAUUUUGCAUAUUUUAUGUGGACGGAGCCUUUUACUAUGGUGGUACCUGUGCCAGGAGAAGAACCGCGUCUCUUUGCCUUCAUUAAACCAUUUCAAAAUUUGGUAUGGCUCCUCAUUUUAAUUGCCAUGAUCGUCCUGGUGGUCUUGUUGAGUCUGUUCUCCGGUGCUUAUUUGAAAUACUUCACAAGGAGCGACAGCGAUAAUCCUAGCGCAGAUGAUAUGACGAUGUUGGGGCGUGUCAGCUCUUACUCAAUCUACGUCGUCAACAUUCUCACAAAUCAAGGAAAUAUGGUGCCCGGCGGACGCUUCUCGUUCCGGAUCCUUGUCGGGGUGUGGCUUUUGAUCGCUACGGUUUUAGUCAAUAGCUAUUCUGGCACCGUCAUUUCCUACCUGACCGUCCCCAAAAUGAAGCCGCCCAUCAACACCUUCGAAGCCCUGGCCAUUAGUGAGGACGUUGAACUGAUUUUACUGGCAGAUAACGUCAUCACAAUGCAAAUUAUGGGUGCCCAUUCAGGUACAUUGAAAAUUUUGGCCGACAAGAUGCGGCGCAAUCCAGACAACAUUUUAAGGAACAUCCAGAAAAUCAGUGAAAGUUUGACAACUAGCCGUUAUGCUUUCCCAUUUUUGAAAACAUUUUGCAACAGCUUUGUCGCCAGCGUUUACAUCAAGGAAAAGAAGUGCCUGUUCAAAGCCACUGAACCUCUACCUUUUCUGGCUGGAUUCUGGUCUCUGCCAUUUCCAAAGAACAGCAAGUACACGCCGUUCUUUCAUUCUGCUCUGAUGGAACUCUGGGAAACCGGACUCCCACCGUUCUGGGUAAAAAAUGGCAUGCCAAGAGCCCCGAAAUGUUUCGCUAAAAGGAAAUCGGGAGAGAAUUCAGCCAGACAAGGUGCCAUUCGAUUGGAUGAUCUGUCCGGCGCUUUCUUGAUUUUGGGCAUCGGUUUCGGCCUAGCAACUUUGGCUUUUCUCCUGGAGAAAAUUGUCGGUUUCAACUACCGACGGGCGGCGUCGACGACUGUUGUUUACGUUUAUCGAAACGCAACUUUGUAGUUUUGCUGGUCUUUUAUCAUCCGCCGUUCUAUCAAUUAAUGUAUGGCCGUCUAUAUAGAGAAUAAUUAUUUGUUCAAUACUUCUCUCUCUGAAGUUUGAUUUGGUGGAAUCACUAUUUACAUAAUUUGAUUUGAUGUGAUCGCAAAUAUACCGUACGUACGCCUACUAUUCCAUUUGUCUCAGCCAAGGCGGGGUUCGUUUCAACUCAACGGUAACAAGAUUACAUACAACAAAAAAAGGUUACUUCUCCUC